UAAAACUAUCUACAAUAAUCAGUUUCCGGUCUUCUCGAACUCGUUUUAUCUGGAAAAUUUCCACAUUUUAUAAAUGAAAAUUAAAACCUAUAGAUAGACCAUGCGUGCCUUGAGAUAUAUGAAACGUUUUAGCCUCUUAGGUUUGUCAGUUUGUGCCGGCUGCUCGUUGAAAUGGAUGAUAGUUGACAGCCGAGUUUUAGCUGCUGUAACCGAGGUCAACAAUGACGGCAGCAGUGCGAGUAUCCGUUUGAAACAUGUACAGAUUCUGUUUAGACAUGGAGCACGAACUCCACUUCAUUUGACUCCUGGGAUAAAUCAGGCAACUUAUCCAGCCAACAUGUUGAUACGUCCUGCACCACAUACCAUAGUCAAUAUGGAAUUUUUCAACAAAGAGGGAAUUGAAUUGUUACCAUCAAUACCGUCCAGAUAUGAUCUUCAUUAUCAAAAAAAGAAAUUGAAGGGUGGGUCCACAAGUGGACUGUUGACCACCUUCGGCCAAGAUCAGAUGUACAUGUUAGGAAAAAGACUAAAAAAAGACUACAUAGAGAAUAUCAGAUUUUUAGAUUCAUUUGAUUCAAACUUGGUAAAAUUAAAAACAACUCAUAUGAAAAGAACAAAGGAAUCAUUACGAUGUGUCCUGGCAGGAUUUUUUGGUGCAGAAAAUCUCAAUAAGAAUGGUCCGGUGAGAGUUGAGAGUAAUGAUAGCAGUGAUGAAUAUCUGGUACCUUGUCCUAAUAUUUGUCCUGUGUUCCGACAGAUAAAUCAUUCGGCUAUGAUCCACGGAUCUGAUAUAGCUGAGUUCAACGAGGAUAGAACACUAUUGGAAGAGACAUUAGGUAUAAAGCAUUUUUCAAAGAAAAGGGUGCGGUUUAUAGAUUGUAGGGAUGAUCUUAUAGCAAGAAAGACCCAUGGCUUGCCGUUUCCAGAACGCAUAACACCAGAAAUUAUAGAUAUGGUAGACAAGAAUGCUACUAAACUUCUUUUUUAUGCCGUGUGUGGACAACAUGAAGCAGAAAGAUUAGUAGCCACACGUUUAUCUAUAGGAAGAUUAAUACAAGUAUUCCUUGACAAUAUCCAAGAUGUCGUCAAAGGAGAGAACAAGGCUAAAAUGCAGAUGUACUCAGCACAUGACUCGACUGUUCUUCCAGCAAUGAGUGUUUUUGGUCUAGAUGUAACAGAAUGGCCUCCCUUUGGAGCAGAUUUAAUAUUGGAACUGUAUGAAGAUAAUAACAAAAAUCAUUUUGUACAAGUCAAAUAUCUAGGAAAGCCACAAAUUGUGAGAGGUUGUGACAAAGAGUUAUGUCCCUUAGACAAGUUUUUGGAAGAAAUAUCACCAUUUGCAAUAAGUGAAGAUGAGUUCAAGGAAGUUUGCCAUUCUAAUAUCUUGGAGAUUAUAGCCAAAGGAAGUUGGGGUUUGAACCCUUUCUUGGUCAAACCCAAGUCCUAUCAAUAUGUAUCUGCACACAGCAUGAGAUCAAAGGCAUUGAGUCAAAAUGAAUUAAUAUGUCUGGGAAGCUAUAGGGUGACAUGUUUUCCUACUGACUGUUACCUUGUGAACUAGCACAUUUAAAAUCCAUCUUAGUGUAUCAGUAAAGUACGGCAGCAUGGUUAAUAUUCUAUUCCAUUAUCAUGAUUAUAGUGUUUUCCUCCUAAAAGUACAUCCAUUAAUACAUCAAAUAGAGGGUGUUGUUUUUUCAAAACAAAAAAGUCUGGUUAUUAAUCUGAAGGCAGCCCCAGCUGUUUCUGUGCAAGAAAUUUAGAAAGUUCAACCAAUAGUUUUCACAUUUUUAACAUAUUGAUAUUGUUGACAAACUGGAGGUCAUGAUCAAUAUUUACAAUGGUUAAUUUUGUCCUUCUUGAGUUAGUGGCAAUAGUAAUGCAAAAAAAUCCCUGUUUGCUGUCAUUUUGAAAGCUUUCUAUAUGUGAUGAGAAUGUCUGUAAAUACUCCAAAUGUUUUUUUUUUCUACAAUAGUAUUUUUCUACAAGUUGUAUAACAGAACAAAGUCCAUUUGAAUUUGUCUCAAUAUUUUAACAUUUCUUUUUUUUUUAUGAGGUAAGCUAAUUAUAUAAACAUUUGGGUUUAGUAUUGUCAUAAAAAACGUGUUAAUUGGUGAAAUAAAAUUGGUAUUGUUAAUGUUAUUUAUUAAUUGAAUGUAAAUUACUAUUAUUGAAUUCAUUGAAAUUGUUAUUUUAUACACAGUUUGUGUACCCCUAUUCUUAGGACUGUUCCAAAAUUUAUCAGGUGUGGAGUUAAAUUUGAAGGCAUUCUAAAAAAAAUAUAGGUGGUCACAAUUUCCUUUGAAUUUGUUAGUAAAAUGAAAAUUUGUAUUUUAUUGUUGGUUUAAGUUUUAAAUAAGCAUCUUCCAUGCUCUCCAUUCAUAUAGUUUGGAACAAUCCAUAUGUUUAUUCCCCAUAGUUCACAUAAAUCCCCCAAAAUCCUUUUGUGUAGUAUAAUGUAUUUAUAUUGUCUUUUUAAAUUUUGUCAAUUAUCAAAUACCAAUUUUGUAUGACGAAAACUUUAUUAUUUAAAAAAAAAUUAAGUUAUAACAAGCAAUGGAAGUUAGUUGAAAAGAGGCAGAAUGGUUUUAUUAUUCAAUUUAACAUUGUUGAAGGGAAUUUCGCUUCUCAGUUUCAAAGUAAUUAAAUUUUUAAAACACUAGUUUAUAUAGAUAGAGGAUUAAAUAAGAAUCCAUAGAGCAAAACAAAAUAUGUCACUGUGCUUGUUUUCGAGAUACAUGUAUUAGCCAUUGAAAUUUUUGAUGGAAAAUAUUCUCUCUUAACUUUUGAUAGCUUUAUCAUUGUCAAGUUGAAGUUCUCAAAAACUGUUAUUAAAAUUUUAUAAGACUUUUACAGAUGGCUUAUCAUUAUACAUGUAAACGAUUAACAAAAAGAAAAAGGGGGGUCACUGGGGAAUUCUUUUCAAUGCAUUCAAAUGGAUAAAACUAGAGGAUUCUGAAAAUCUGACAAAAAACAUACAACAUGACAAGCCAGCUUCCUUUAUGUUAUGUACAGUUACACAGGUCUAAGGUUAGAUUUGUGGUUACCUAAAGCCUGUGUAAACUCAAAAGUCAUGCACACAUUAUUGUGAAGGCCUAGAUCAAAACUAUCCCCAGAAUCAGUUGUAGUGUUUGAAAAGUGUACUAUCUCAUUAGAUGAAUACAAUUAUAGUUAUUGAUCUCUGUUUAGUUCAUUGGGAACUAUCACCUUGAGAAAACAUCAAUUAAAUUUGUAUGUACAAAAAAAAUCCUUUGCAAAAAUUUAAAACUAAAACUGGUUUCAGGGAAAUGUUUCAGGGAAAUGUUUGAUUGCCUUUGCAAUAAAAAUUACAGAAAAAAAAUGGAGAGGGGUGAGAUUUCAAAAAUCUACUUUAUUCCUGCCAAAUAUUUAUUUGCCUCAUGUCUGUUUGGAACCUCACUUGUGAGUUUACUCGUGGGGUUUUCUAAUUAUGUGAUUUCUUGGUGAAGUAUUUAAUUAUUAUCUGAUAAUUUGAUUAUUUAGGAUUUUAUUUCUGAUUAUCUGAAUAUCUUGUUGAAAAACAUAAUUAAUGUAUAUGUGAUUUUAUUGGCCAAAAAAUUGUGAUUAUCUGAUUUUACCUACACAACCUCAUUUGUGAUUGUACAUGUAUCACAUCAUUUCUUGAUAUUGUUUUUCACUUGGAGAAUAUGAGGGUCUGAAUACAUGUAGGAUAGAGACAUUUGAAUCAUAGGCAGAUCAGGGGCCCCCAAGGGGCUAGUCCCCCCCUUUUUGUGGAAAAAAAUUUAUUGAUUAUUAUGGGAUUCACUGAUGGAGUCAGUGGGCCCCCUUACAAAAAGUUGAGGAUCUGCAACUGCAAACAGGCCCCAAAAAAUUAAGAAUGGAGAAUAAAUGGCAAAAUUUAUAAAGAAUAGAGAUUUGUAGACAAAAUUUUUAAAUAAUAUAGAAAAUAAAAGCGACAUUGUUCACACCAUUAUACUACUGUUGCCUAAUUUAUAUUAAGAAAAUAUCUCAUUUGAAUUCAACGAUUUUCAUUUUUCAAUAAGGCUCUCUAGACCCUGAACUACAUAAUUAACAGGCGUGGACCCAGAAGGGGGGGGAUUGGGUUCCGGGGGUUGGAACCCCCCUUUUUUUUGGAGGAUCAAUGCAUUUGAAUUGGGAUGUGCAAUUGGAACCCCCCCCCCCCCUUUUUAAAAUGGCUGGAUCCGCCCCUGAUUAAACAAUACCAAUCUACAAAUACACAAUGAUUAGUUAUCUAUUUUUAAUAUAGACAUGUACAUGUAUAACAAAAAUAAAAGAACAAAUGUACAGAUUGUUGGUAAGUGUACAAAUACAACACUUUGUUAUAAUAUAGCUUCAUUGGUCUUCAUGUAUUGAUGUUCCACUUGUCUUCAAACAAAUAAAUUAUUUUUCAGCUUUU